AUGUUAUCUCUUCGAUCCAUCAUCAUGAUGCUCUUUCUUUUGGCCAUGCAGCCAAUGGCCAUGCUAUCCUUGAUGAGUACAAACUACACUCGUCCAUCCAUUCAGGUCUCCAGUUUGGCCAACGAAAACAAUUGUUUCCUCUAAGACUUCAAUGAGAAGUACGACGCCUUCACACACGCAUUUUAUGAUGCCAUGUUUUCCAAGUUCGAGCUCGUCAUCGAGAAGUUCGAAGCACCCAUCUCAUCGGUCGACUACGAGUUGAUCAAGGCUUUUGUACGAGUCUUCAACAGGCAGAAUGAAUCAUACACCGACGAAGUGUCUGCUGCCAUGUUUUCCAAGCUCGAGCUCUUCGGCAAGAAGUUAGAAGCAUCCAUCCCAUCGAUCGACUACGAGUUGAUCAAGGCUUUUGUACGAGUCUUCGACAGGCAGAAUGAAUCAAUCAUACACCAACGAAGUGUCUGCUGCCAUGUUUUCCAAGCUCGAGCUCUUCGGCAAGAAGUUAGAAGCAUCCAUCCCAUCGAUCGAAUACGAGUUGAUCAAGGCUUUUGUACGAGUCUUCGACAGGCAGAAUGA